CACAAUAACACAAGUUGUUAACAACCUUAAUUCCACAACCUUCUUCUCUCAAUCAUUCAUUCUAACAUGGCAGCUACUUCAGUCUUCAUGGCAACCCCCGUUGCACGUCUCACCACUCAACAUCUCCGAAAAAACAUCAACUUUUCUGUCGUUAGGUGCAUAUCACAAGAUCAACAAUCUUCAACCGACUCUUCCAAAACUCCAGCAGCACCAACUCCGCCACCGAAGAAUAAGUUCUCUGACGUGUUGGCGUUCAGUGGGCCUGCACCGGAGAGGAUAAACGGAAGGUUAGCGAUGAUAGGGUUUGUGUCGGCUAUGGCGGUCGAGUUAAGCAGCGGUCAAGAUGUGUUCGCUCAGAUCUCACACGGUGGAGUUCCGGCGUUUGUAGCGACGAGUUUGGUACUGUCGCUGGCGUCGUUGGUGACGUUGUUUAAAGGGGUGAGAGCGGAGUCAAAGUCGAGUGGGUUGAUGACAUCGGAUGCAGAGCUGUGGAACGGACGGGCUGCGAUGUUGGGUUUGGUUGCUUUGGCUUUUACCGAAUAUGUGACGGGCAGUGCCCUUAUAUGAUGAAUUUUUCUAUAUAACAAAGAGGCUACAGGUACUUACUUUUAAAUCGUGGUCUUAGAUGAUGAAAGUUUGAAUAUCGAAUUAGAAUGUUUGUAGACAUGUACUUUAAAAGCUUGUAAGUAUAUGAGUAAAUGAUGAAAUAUUUUGAUUUAUGAAUA